AUGGCGCAGCGCAGCAGUGCGGCGGGAGUGACGUUUUCGCUGAUCGACGAGGACCACACCAUCGGGAACUCCGUGCGCUUCAUUCUCAACCAGGACCCUCGUGUGAGCUUCUGCGGCUACUCCGUGCCACACCCGUCCGACAAUAAAGUGAACAUCCGCGUGCAAACCACAGGAGACCCGGCAAGGGAUGUGCUGAAGGAUGGGCUGCUGGAGCUGGCAGGCUUCUGUGAGCAUGUGACACGCACGUUUGAAGCCGCCUUUGACAAGUUUGAGAAGCGGCGGCGAGGCGAAGCAGUGGAGGAGGAAGAGGAGGCAGGAGAGGACGAAGGGGAUGAUGAGGACAUGCAGGAUGCAUCUUGA